UCUGCAUACGCUUCGGAAGUUUGACAAUUCAGCACAGUUUAAUUUGCAGAACUCUCGAAGACUUUCAUUUUUAACAAAUUAUAAUAGUUCUGCAAGUAUACAUUGAAAAUGUCCGAAAAUAAUGAUACCUCUAACGAAUCGAACAGCGUUGGAAGCGAUUCAAUCCUACAAUCCUCGCGGUUAACCGGUGGCGGUGUAAAUCCUGUUCUACGUUCAGGGGUAUUGCGCCCCUCAGUGCUCGGUUCAUCAGUUUUGGGAGCAGCAGCAUUAGCCAAUAGCAAUAACAAUUCCCUUGGUAAUGCCAAUGCGUCUUCCAAUUCAACAGCCACAGUCAAUAAUGUGGACGGAGACGAAGAGGAUUCCGUGAGCAGUACAACCAAUCAUAAUCCUUUUAUGCGGGAACAGAAAGACGAUGAUGAGGAGGCAGAAAAUAAUGAAGCAAGUGCUGAUGAAGGUGCUGUUGGUGGCGACGCAGCAAAUGAUAGCGAAACAACAGAUGAUAAAAAAGCGGCAGACGAUGAUGAACCGGAUGAACGCACGGAUCCUUUAACAUUGUUGCGAAAAAAUGGAUUAGAAAGAGCAAAUCUUUUUGCUGCCGCCAAGAACUCGAUACCAUUGGUGGAAAAAUCCGGCUUUGUAUUUGGCCAAAAUGUGCAUGAACGCGUUGUAGGGGAAAAUGUCAACCCAGAGGGAGCAGCGAAAUCGGAAAAUGCAGACGCCGGUUGCUCUACUUCUGCUGAAUUGCUGUUCUCAAGUGUCAUACAAAAUGCGGCUAAAGCCGGUGAGAGUGACAAAGGUGCUGCACCAAAAGAUAAUGAAACAAAGACACUUACUGAUGUGGCGCGUGAGUACGAGGAGAGUCGCGCUCAGAAACGGAAAUAUGAAGAGGUAGAAACGUUCACGGGUGAAGAAAAUGAAAUUAAUAUUGUUGAUGUCAAUUGUAAGUUGUUUGCCUUCGUCAACAGCAACUGGGAGGAACGCGGACGUGGAAGUUUACGUUUGAAUGAUUCAAAAAACGAACAAGAGUGCUCACGUGUUGUUUUUCGAACAGCGGGUAACCUUCGUUUAUUGCUGAACACGAAAGUUUGGGCCGGCAUGGUUGCUCAACGUCCCAGCAACAAAUCACUACGCCUUACUGCCAUGGAUAAUACUGGCAAAAUCAAAAUCUUCUUAGUGAUGGGACGCCCUGCAGAUAUGUCAUUGUUGCAUAAAGAGCUGAUAAAACGAAUCGAACUGCGAAAAGCUUCGCACCCUGAAGAAUGUCGAGCACCAGCUGAAACGAAAAACGGUGUCGAAUCCGGUGCUAAUCACGAGGAAGAGGCAAAAGAAGCAGAAGCUACAGCUGUACCGGAAAA